CCUCUAUUUAUGUUCUUUUUAUAACCUCAAUAUAUCCUCUUCCUCUUUCUCUCUCCGAACAAGACCCAACCAUUUAGGGAAAUCAAACUCAGUUCAAUAAUUGAAUCGUAGAGAAUACGUACACAAGAAGCAAAAGUGGAGUCCCGGGAGCUGAUAUUGUAGGAGGGUUUGGAAGAAAAUCGAAAGGUUUUUGCUUUGAGAUACACGUGCAUGUGCAAUAGGAAACUAACACAAAGAUGACAUGGUGCAAUGACUCCGAUGAGGAGAAGAGGAUUGAAUCAAUCACGCCAACUAUGACUUUUACUCAAAAGACUAAUGUCACUGACGUAAAACUCUCCGAACAAAUUCGAACCAUAAGAUGCCCCUCCUGCGCCCAUAACAUUGAAUUCAGAGAUCAGGGUGGAAUUCAUGACUUGCCGGGGUUACCGGCAGGAGUGAAAUUUGACCCAAAUGAUCAAGAAAUACUAGAGCACUUAGAGGCAAAAGUGGCGUCUGAUGCAUGCAAGCUUCAUCCCCUUAUUGAUGAGUUCAUACCAACUCUUGAAGGUGAGAAUGGGAUUUGCUCAACGCACCCGGAAAAACUACCAGGAGUGGGCAAAGAUGGACAGAUCCGGCACUUCUUUCACAGGCCAUCAAAAGCAUACACAACCGGAACGAGGAAAAGAAGAAAGGUUGAGAGCGAUGAAGAAGGAAGUGAAACAAGAUGGCACAAAACGGGAAAAACUAGAGCUGUUUUUGCAGGCGGUGGUGGUGCUGUGAAGGGUUUUAAGAAAAUACUAGUACUCUACACCAACUAUGGCCGGAAAAAGAAGCCGGAGAAGACUAAUUGGGUGAUGCAUCAAUAUCAUCUUGGCAGCACUGAAGAAGAGAAAGAUGGAGAAUUAGUUGUUUCAAAGAUCUUCUAUCAGAAACAACCCAGACAAUGUGGUAAUAAUCCCAAUAUCAUAGAGGACCCGUACGCAAAAAUGUUGAAUGUUGAUGGAAGUGGCCACAACAACAAUACAUCAACACCUAAAACUACCACUAUUGUGGAUUGCUACAAUGCUCCUUACGUAAACUAUGAUAAUGUCCAUUUGAGUUACAAUAGGGAAAGCUCCAAACAAAUAAUUAUUCCCAGCUCGGUUGUUGCAGCUGAUGACUCUUACAUUCGCUAUGCAAUGAAUGCAAAGAGAGCAAGAUUUGAAACUAACACUGGGAACAAUUUCUAGGUAAAUAGGGUUCCCUUACUAAUUUAAUUUCAGUAUUUAUUAUAUGAGGAGUUAGGAUGAAGAAAUUAUAUAGUUGAACUAGAAAAUUGAGAGCCAGGCAUAUAUAUAUGUGUUUGGAGUACUGUAGUUGGGUUUAGGAACAUGUACUAUAUAUGUAUUCGGAGUACUGUAGUUUGAUUUUAACUUUAUAGGGAACAUGUAGUUUCCUAGAAUGUGUUUAUAGAUAUUACCAUAUAUAUAUAUAGACUAGUAGGAUUUGUUAGAAUAUUUUUACCAAUACACUGGUAAGGUUUUUUAUUUCUAAA